CGGUGCGCCUCGGCAGAGGUGCCGGGCCCCACUGCGCAGGCGCGGCGCUCCUGCUGGCGUGAUUCCUAUGCGGCGGUGGUAGCAGCCAGAAGCCUCCGGGAUGAGCACCGCCGAGGCAGACCGCUGGGCGUGGCUGCUGGUGCUCAGCUUUGUGUUUGGGUGCAACGUCCUUAGGAUCCUCCUCCCGUCCUUCUCCUCCUUCAUGUCCAGGGUGUUGCAGAAGGAUGCAGAGCAGGAGUCACAGAUGAGAGCAGAGAUCCAGGAUAUGAAGCAAGAGCUCUCCACGGUCAAUAUGAUGGAUGAAUUUGCCAGAUAUGCCAGGCUGGAAAGGAAGAUUAACAAGAUGACGGAUAAGCUCAAAACUCAUGUGAAAGCACGGACAGCUCAAUUAGCCAAGAUAAAAUGGGUUAUCAAUGUUGCUUUCUACAUACUACAGGCUGCUUUGAUGAUCUCACUCAUUUGGAAGUACUAUUCUGUCCCUGUAGCUGUUGUGCCAAGUAAAUGGAUAACCCCACUAGACCGCCUGGUAGCCUUUCCUACUAGAGUAGCAGGUGGUGUUGGAAUUACCUGUUGGAUUUUAGUCUGUAACAAAGUUGUGGCCAUUGUGCUUCAUCCUUUCAGCUGAAAAGGAAGAUAAAUGUGGCAAUGAGACUUUUAAAAAAUGGAGUUUCUUUUAUAUUAGGGUAAAAAUCUUAUUUAUGCUUUUUUUAAAACAAAAAUGUUAGAUUUUUGCUGUUGAAUAUGUUUGUUCUUGGACUUCAUGUGAGAUCCUUGUAAGAAUUAAGAUUUUCCUGUACUUGUCUUUGGGCCGGAAAGGUCAGUUUAUGACACAUGUAACUUUUUUUUUCACAAAAAUGUCUCAGUUUUAUUCCGGCGAUUUACAUCUUCCCUGCUUUUUUGCUGACCUGAGCCGGAAUGCAGAGGAUGUUGGGGUUUCCUCCAUGACUCUGGCCAGCACGUUGUCAAUAUAGUCUCCCAGCUCACAGACCUGAAAUUCCUUCUGACUUAUUGUUUCCUUCUGUUUGAGGACCAUCUGGAUCAGCUCAUCAUGGCUCAGCUGUGCGUAAGCAAAGGCAGGGUCCGAGGGGUUGUAUUUCUUCAUCACUGAUGAUGGUGGCAGUUCCGAAGCUGGAGUUAGCAGUCUUGGUGGCUGUUGUGUUCAUUGGCUUCGCAGGAUGAAGUCUAUGCUUGGCUGAGCCAGGGCCAGUACCUGGCUGAGCUGAGACUGGAUGUGUCUCUGAGGGCGAGACCCAUUCCAGAUCUGCAGGAAAUGUGUAACAUGGGAGUUGCACACUUUCGCACACUUUUGUCAUAUUUUGAUCAUAUCACCAACUGGAAAGUCAAAAUUUUGUAACAAGUGAAGGCAUAGUACUAUUCUUAAUGUGGUUUAGAAAGUAACUUGAUUUUAAUAUCACUAUUUGAAUUUGAAAAUCUGUUUUGUACUCUCGUGGAGUACACUUAAAAGAGUAAUUGACAUUGCUUGUGCUUCUUCCUCAGUCAGAAAUACUGUUGGACAGCUGUUUGUAUAGUGGUAUUUACUUAUUUGAUGCUGUCACUUUUUCAUGACUAGUUUAUAAAUGUAUUCUUGAGACUAUAAUUGUUUUAUGCUCAAAUUGUGUUAUGUAUGUAAAGCAUUUUAAAAUUCAGUGUAUUUUAUAAGCAUUUAAUAUUUAUGCUUUAUAGAAUGUAACAGCUAAAAAAAACAAAAA